AUGCAGACGACACUGUCGUCGAUGUGGGCCGGUGCCUCGAUCGAGUCCGGCCUUCACGACAAUGGCAGCUGCCACAUCCAUCACGAUCCAGUGGCCGUCUAUCUGGCCACUUUCCUUUGCGUCGGUCUUGUCGUCUCAUAUCUGCCACAAAUCUAUCGCAUCAUCCACAACAAGUCAUCACAAGGUUUCUCGCCAUGGUUCCUGCUUCUAGGUGCCACCUCGAGCGCAUCUAGCUUUCUCAACGUCGUGGCCCUACAAUGGGCAAUCAUCAGAUGCUGUCCGUCUUUGCCGGCUUUGGAGUGUACCGAAUCGCUACUAGGCAUCUUCCAAGUCGGUCUGCAAUGGUUCAUGUUUGCCUCGAUCUUUGUCCUCUUCCUCAUCUACUAUCCAGCAGACCGGAGGUACGAACGCGCCAUCGCUCUCCCCGAGCGUGACGAGGACGACCGUCGUCUCCGCGCUCAAGCACGCCUCGCUGCCCGUAGAGAAGCUGCUGGUCGACAAAUCCCAUCUCACAGCACCAACAGCGCUGGCUGGCUCGCAGCAUCCACCAAGACUUCUCGACCUCUGGUAGGGUCCACCGCUGAAGAUGUCACUUCAGCUGAUUCAGACAACUCGGAUCUCGACUCUGUCGACAGCCACAUUGCUCAGAACUAUGCCAACACUGCACCUCAGACAAAUGGUGAUGAUACCUCCUCGAAUGGGGACGAUGACGACGAGGAAGAGGAUCUCGAUCACGACACCGAGGCUUUGCUCCAUCCAGGCCAUCACACAACUUUCUCAUCACGGGAUCUCAGCAGCAGCGCUUUUUCCCGUCUCGUCCCCACCUUUUGGCCUAUGUGGAAGGCUCCGGGCAGCGGCAAUGUCGACGCAUCCGAACGACGCAACCGUUCCUCCAACACUCGCAGUGAUGUGCUUGUAGGUGCGCCCCGCGGCAUACGCAGAAUCGAGCGAGAGAGGCGAGCUAAGAUGGACCACAAAACAUUGCGAACCCGCAAACGUCGCACUGAAGAAUGGAGUUUGGCCGUUGCGCUCGCUUGGGUUGUGUUGAUUCACUUCCUCUUGAUCAGCGCCAUCACCCUUUUGCUUGUCAGCUCGCUGCCACCAAAAUCCUUCCCUCCGCUGGAGGAAGUCUCAGCGCUCGCGAGUUCGAGACAGGCCGUUGCCAGCGUAUCGACAGUUGUCUUGAGCAGACCUUCUUCACAUCUGCUCGUCUCGAGAUGGGCUGCUUUCCUCGGCAGCUCAGCGACCCUUCUUGCCGCUGGCCAGUAUCUUCCACAGAUCGUUCACACCGCACGCACCAAGCUCGUGGGCAGCUUGAGCAUUCCCAUGAUGUGCUUGCAGGUGCCCGGCAGCGCCAUUUUCGUCUACUCCUUGUCGCUUCAGCCAGGCACAGAUUGGUCCUCGCUCGCGGCGUAUGUGCUUACAGGUGCGCUUCAGCUUGUCUUGCUCGUACUUUGCAUUGCAUGGCGCUUCCGCCAACGACGCGCAGGUGUCGACGACUAUGGCCGUCCCCUCGCAGAGGUGGCUCUCUGA